AUGUCGACUUCGUACCAAAUAUCGUCGCCGAGGCAUGACGCCGCGCCGAUCACGCUCCGCGCGUGCAGAAGGAGCGAGGGCGCCGCGGAGGCCGCGAUCGACGUCUGCGUGCGGUAUCCGCACGAGCAGGCGCGGUCGAGCUUCGUGAUUGGUCGGAGCGGCGAGAUCACGGUGGUGUGUCGCGUGAAGCAGGACCCGCAGGCGGCUUUAUCCGCUGCGGCGACGCAGCUUCUAACGAGAGCGCAAGGCGAACCUCUACGCCAGCUGGCAGCGGCGCACGGGCGACUAAGUCGAGGGGUGGCGACUCUGACGAGUCGCAUCGUGUCGCACGCGCUGGGGCUGGAGAGGGACCUCAGCAAGGAGCAAUUCGCGGCGCUGUUGCCACCUUCCGUUUACGUGGACGGUCAUAUCAUCGCCGCGCCGCAACGCGCGGCGGCCGCGGCGUCGGCGGCGUUGAACACCCUGGCGACCGCGGCAAUCGACCCCGCGUCGCUGCGGCUGGGCCAUAGAGGCGACCCACUCGCGUCGGCUGCCGCCGCCGCCUCCGUCUCCGAGUUCCCCGCCGUACCCGGCGGGAUUUUCGCGCAGCGGAGCCGGAUCGCGGCAACGGUGGGGCCGUUCGGGCUCCCCGUCUCCGGCGGGUGGCUGUCGUCGCGCUACGGGUGGCGCGAGGCGCGCAAGAAAUUCCACAAGGGGAUCGAUAUUGCCGUUGAGGAGAACACGCCAGUGGUUGCGGCGCAGGCGGGGAGAAUCUCGUUCGCGGGAUGGCGGAAGGGGUACGGAUACGUGGUGGUGGUAGAUCACGGGAAGGGGUACGCGUCGCUAUACGCGCACUGUAAUCGGUUCGUGGCGCGGAAGGGGGAAGCGGUGGGGAAGGGGCAGGCGAUCGCGCUGUCGGGAAACACGGGGCACUCGACCGGGCCGCACCUGCACUUCGAGAUUCACCGGCACGGGUCGCCUGUGGACCCGCUGCUGCUGCUGCCCGCGGAAGCGGCGCGCACGGAGAGAUAG